CGACAGGCAUAGUCACCAUUUACGGCAAGCAUGGGUUGCUCAAGACCUAUUCUACCCCGGAUCUUCACGUGGACACAAUGCUUUGUCGCAGGAUAAAGUAUAGUCGGUGCCUUUGAUCUUUUAGCAAAGCAUCUUAGAAUAAAAAUAAAGACAUAUUUUACGCACGAUGAUGAGGUAGAUUUCUUUAAUCAAUGAAGUAGGCUUAAUUUUUUACCUCAACAUGCAAUCUGAAACGAAAUAUGGUAAGACGGUAGUAAGACUUGUAGAUCUUGUAUCACUCCACACUGUAUUAUCUUAACGUGAUCGGCACAAGCAGCCGAGCGCCAAACUAUGCCAUGCUCAUAACCAGACACGUCACACUGACGUCAUAGCUCGCCCCUUCGCCAGUCAAGGCGUUUCUUAACUGGCAGUGAGAUGUGUCGCUCGUGUUAGGACGUAAACGGUGGCUUCGAACGACCCGAGUCACGGAGAAAGGGCUGCACAGAUGACGACAGUGACGACCCAUGCCUCGAGCGACCCGAGUCAGACAGCGAGUACACCAGUGACGACAACAAAAAAGCCUGCUACACAGGCGACUCCAUCACCAGCAGACUGCGAGCACCUCUAUGACGCCUGCCGGGACGAGAACCUGGAGGAGGUGAAGCGGCUCCUGUCUCAGGGCGUGGACGUCGAUUGUAGAAGGGGAAGGUGGACACCGGUGAUGGUGGCAGCAAGGUUUGGACACAGAGACGUGGUGGAGCUCCUGGUGGGUAAAGGGGCCGAUGUGUCACUGGUGGACAGGGACGGUUACAACACCCUUCACCUCGCCUGUAUUAGAGAGGAUGAUUCAAACUACAGAGGAUCAUUGACACCACAGUGGGUCAUUUCGACCACAGCGGAUCAUGCACACUACAGAGGAUCAUUCUCACCACAGAUAAUCAUUCACACUACAGAGGAUCAUUCACACCACAGGGGAUCAUUCAGACUACAGGGGAUCAUUCAGACUACAGAGGAUCGUUCACACUACAUUGGGAAACUUCAGACCACAGAGGAUCAUUCACACUACACAGGAUCAUUCUCAUCACACAAGAUCAUUCACACCACAGAGGAUCAUUCACACUACACAGGAUAG